ACUGCAGCCUUACCAGCUCUGCAAAACAUCUUUCUUCGAUCUUCAUUGCCUUCAAAUUACUUACGAGAAACAUAUAUUCGAUAACGUCACGGUCGUCUGUACCUUGUGUGUCCCCUUGGAAGCUUUUGACAGAUGUUGUUGCUUCCUCCAUGAUAAAUUGUCACGAAGAGGAAGAAAGUUCAGAGAAAACGAAGAAGAAACGCGAUUUCUUCUGGCUAGUAAUUUGCUCUCAUGUUGAAUCUGCAGAAAUAUCCAGUCACCCUCCAAGAUCCGAACGUCGUUCUACCACAACACCCUCGCAGGCAAAGUGCAUUGAAGCUCCUUCAUGGGAAACCACGUGGUUUAUCUAUUUCGAACUCGCAGCAACACGAUGAACAACCACAGCUCAGUCCUCCGUUUCCCCAUAUGAGUCAGAGUGUUGCAGCGAUAAUAUUCGGAGACGGAUCGUCAGAAUCGCGAAGACAUCUAUAUCCAUUGACGAAAAGAAGGUCAGAGGGGGCGAUCCCGAUCGGAGCAAACUAUAGGCUCAUUGAUGCAGUUGUGAGCAACUGCAUCAACAGCAACAUUACCAAGAUAUAUGCCAUCACCCAGUUCAAUUCCACCUCUCUCAACUCCCACCUCUCGAGAGCCUACUCCGGGGUUGGUCUCGGGAAGGACGGGUUUGUCGAAGUGGUCGCUGCAUAUCAGAGUCCCGAAAAUCAAGCAUGGUUUCAGGGAAAUGCAGAUGCUGUGAGGAGAUGUUUAUGGAUGUUGGGGGAAUACCCGGUGAACGAGUUCCUGAUUCUUCCAGGUCAUCAUCUUUACAAAAUGGAAUACCAGAGACUGGUGGAGGCACAUCGGAAAGCCAAUGCUGACAUUACUAUUGUUGCUCUAACCGCUGAUAGAGCCCGGGCCAGGAGAUCGGGUUUUGGCACUUUGAAGUUAGAUCCUAAGAACACAGUUCUCAAAAUAAACUGCAAAGAGGUAGAGAGCUUCGAGAAUUCGGAAGAUGUUAAAUGCAGCGCUUUCCUGAGCACGGGGAUCUAUCUGAUCAGGAGGGAUGUGAUGAUAAAGCUCCUGAAAGAAUGCUUUCCCGACGAGAAUGAGAUUGGAGAAGUAGUGAUACAAGGCGCAAUAUCUCUUGGAAUGAAGGUUCAGGCAUAUCUGUUCGAUGGAUACUGGGAGGACAUGACGAGCAUAGGAGUAUUUUACCGAGCAAAUAUGGAGAACACCCGAAAAUCGAACGCUAGAUUCAACUUCUACGACAGAGACUCUCCAGUCUAUACUCUGCCUCGGUGUCUGCCUCCAAGCAUCAUGAGCGACUCCGUAAUCACAGACAGCGUCAUCGGAGAUGGCUGUAUUCUCAAUAGCUGCGAGAUCAAACGAUCAGUGAUUGGAAUGAGGACAAGGGUUGAAGAUGGAGCCAUGGUCGAUGACUCGGUCAUCAUGGGAUCCGACACCUAUGAAUGGGACGUUCAAAGGAAUUCCAUCAACGGAAAGUCUUGUGCAGGAGUCCCACCUAUAGGAAUCGGAGCUAACACGCACAUAUGGAAAUCUAUUGUUGAUAAGAAUGCGAGGAUCGGCAAAAACGUUACGAUCAUCAACAGAGAUAGUGUCCAAGAAGGGGAUAGAGAAGCCGAGGGCUACGUGAUCAAAGACGGGAUAGUUGUUGUGCUCCGAGGUGCAGUUAUUCCCGACGGCAGCAUACUAUAAAAAGCUUCAUUCUCGAUCAGGAAUUACAGGCAACGCAUUUGUUAGUUUGUUCAAUUCAGGACAUCAGCUGAAGAAUUCAUCGGACAAAAUGAGGAUCACACCCACACAUAUGCUACAGAUUAAACGCAUGGAAUAAAGGCCUUAAGGCCUGUAGGAGGACGGGCAUUUCCGAUUCAGAGUUUUGCAGUAAUGCUCAUUUAUUGUAACUAUAGGCUAAAUUUGCCUCUAAAUUGGAGAAAGAAAGGUUCGACUCCGAAUGUUUCUGCUGGUAA